GCUAGUCCUCCUCAAAAGUUUCAGGGUUAUCAAAAUCUAGGAAAAUCAGAGAAAUUGUCACAGAGGAGCCCUAAGGAUCAACUGAGACCGAGUGUGUGGUGCCUUGGAUAACGUCCUAGGAAAAAAAAAGGACAUUAGUAACAACUGAAGAGUGUAAAUAAAAUAUGUAUAAAUAAGUGUGUCCAUAUAGUUUCAUGGGUUAUAAAAUGUAUGGUGAUGUGAGAUUUAGUUUUAUGCAUGUAUAUGUAUGCUUGCAUGAGGUCAUGAGAAGCACAUAUGCAGUGCCCUUGGAAGUCAUAAGAGGACUGUGAGCUACCAUGUGAGUGUUGGAAUUGGAACUGGGUCCUCUGUAUGAGCAGACAAUAUGCUCUUGACCAUGGAGCUGUCUCUCCAGCCCUGUAGGAUGUUUUAAACAGAGAAACUGGUGACUCUAUAUAUUACCUUUGCAGUUUCUCUGGGGAAAAUAAAAGCAUCCUAAAUUUUAUUUUAAGAUUUAUUUAUGUGUGUGUUACAGAGAAGCUGAAGUUGCAGACUUGUGAUCCAUCUGAUGUGGGUGCUGAGAACUAAAUUCAGGCCCUCUGCAAGAGCGGUACGUGCUCUUAAACACUAAGCCAUCUCUCCAGUCCCUUACAUUCUAAAAUUUAAAAGGUCAUGAUUAGAAAAUAGUUUUCAGGGACAGGGAGUGUGGCUCAGUAAUAGAUUGCCUAAUUAAUAUAUUCCCUGGGUUGAAUCCCCUGCUCUGUGUGCAUAUAUACACUGUCUCUACCCCACAACUAACCAACAGAAACUGGAACAACAAAGCAAUCUGUUCCAUUUUCCAGUGUUGACAGCAAACAGAUGGAGAGGGGAAUACUCAGAGAUACUACAGGAUUCCUUCUAACAGCUCUAACUUUCUUCCACCUACUGCGUAGAUCUGGGUGGUCAGAAACAUCUCAUUCCUAACCACCCUUGUCCAUCCAGGUUUCAGUAGGCCACUUCCAACUGAUUCCCAAUCAGACACAAUCUGAGAGGUCAGAGCAGCAGCGCCCUCGUGUGGCCGUGAUAUUGAGGCUAGAAGACCCUACAACCUCUUACAGAAACUUCCUGAGACCUGACUCAGAACUCAAAGCAGUGUCAAGUGCUAACAGAGUCUGAGUGCUUCCCAAAUCUAGGCAAACACAGAUGUGUCCUCUUCUUUGAGUGAUGGUGGACUCUGAUUCAUGAUACAAGUCUCCAGCUUGACUACACAGCUAGUUUGUAGCUUCCAUUUGGGCUAGAACUUCCCUCCUCCUGGGAACAAGCCCAGAACUUUCCACAAAUAAGAUGGGGGAGGAGCCAGAGCCACCCAGGGCAAGGUCCAGGGACGACAAGGAGGUCACAGAAGUCAAAAUAGGUAAAUUGAGCCUGGGAGGGAGGACAAAAGGAAUGCUGGGUGGAAAUCGAGAAGAAUGCACCACCGGAAGUUUAGCAGUGGGGACAUUAAUGCUUCUGGGAUGGGUCCUAUUGGAGACAGGGUUAAGUUCUUCUAGCUCAAGCUCUGCUUUUCACAUGGAUAGUGACUCAUUGAAAUAUUAGGUUCUGAAAUGUCAGGUUAUGGGAGGCGGAGAGAAAAGGGAAGAGAGGGAAAGAGGUAGCGAAACAUCUUAACAUAAAAUUUUUCAUUGUAUUGUAUAGGUAUGAGUUUAUAUUUUGCUUGAAAGUACACUUGCAUGUCAGGUUAAAAACUAUGUGUGUUAGGUUUCUCUUAAGAUUGCUGGAGAUUUUUUCAUUUUUCCUUUUCUUUUUUUUCGAGACAGGGUUUCUCUGUAUAGCCCUGGCUGUCCUGGAACUCACUCUGUAGACCAGGCUGGCCACGAACUCAGAAAUCCACCUACCUCUGCCUCCGUUUUUUCGUUUUUGUUUGCUUGUUUGGAGGCGGUAUGUUUUUUGGUUCUUUGGGGUUUUUUUUAGACAAGAUGCCACUAUGUUACCCCGCCUCAAACUUGAGCUCUUAAAUCUCAUAAGCUAAGUAAACACCCUGUCAGUCACUGAGCUACAUCCUCAGGCUUUUUCUUUAGACGAGUGUUAACUAACGUACCCGGAGUGUCUGUGUGCAGUGUCUGACAUUCAGGCUCCAUUUUUCCUGUACCCUCUAGCUUCAUUUUGGGACAGGAUAUUUAAGUGGUUUGUUCUGCAUCCGUGUGACUUAGUGAUGAACAAAGGUUUGUCCAGUUUCUGCUCAAGCUUUUGCACCUUUCCAUGGUCAUCUAGUUUCUAUAAUUUCUCCAAAACUUCCAAAUCUAAGAACAGCUAAAAAUUCUGGAGGUUAGUGAUUUAUGCCAUUAAGGGUUUUUUGUUUGUUUUGUAAUUUUAAACAGGGUCUUUCCCUGUAACCCAAGUGUGCUGCAAUCCUCUCUCCUAAAUUCUGAGAUUACAAGUAUUCUGCUUAUAGGUGUGUUGAUUGGGGGUGGGGAGGUGAAUAGAAAGGUGCUGGUCUACAAAGUGAGUUCUAGGACAGCCAGCCCCAGGGCUAUACCGAGAAACCCUGUCUCAAAACACCCCACCCCCACCCCCAAAAAAGGUGCAGAUUUGCAAGUCCCACCAGGAUAGUGUCUGCACCAGGAUAGGGACAGACUUCCUUCAUGGUCCGGUUUCUCUACAUCUCAUGAGUACUUACUUUAGUAGUCAGCCUGGAGUUUGGAUAGAGUUUGUGUUCAGAUUUUUGUUUGUUUAUGAUACAGGGGAUGAAACCCAGGGCUUUCUGUAUGUUAGCCAAACAUUCUACACUGAGUACAUUGCCAACUAUAUUCAGAAUUUGGAUCUCAGUCCUUCCAUGCUUGCCUCCUGAUCUGAAUACUGUCAAUACUAGAGCCACUGGGGCUGCAGUAAUUUGCUUAGGGGUUGGUAAAUACCUACAGGUGUUCCUUAACGUUUCUAUUGUUUUGAUGAAACACCAUGACCAAAAAGCAAGUUGGGGAGGAAAGGGUUCAUUUUCCUCACACUUCAUAUCACUCACUGUUCAUCAUCAAAGGAAGACGGGACAGGAGUCAAAUCGGGCAGAAACGUGGAGGCAGGAGCUGAUGCAGAGGCCAUGGAGGGUGCUGCUUACUGGCUUGCUGCUCCUGGAUUGCUCAGCCUGCUUUCUUGUAGAACCCAGGAUCACCAGCCUACAGGUGGUACUACCCAUAAUAAGCUGGGCUCUACUCCCAUCAAUCACUAAUUGAGAAAAUACCAUACAGGCUUGCCUAUAACCUGAUCUUAUGGAGGUAUUUUCUUUUCUUUUUAUUUAUUACUACUAUUAUACUACUAUUUUUAUUUAUUACUACUAUAGCACACUGUAGCUGCAUUCAAACACACCAGAGGGCAUCGGAUCCCAUGACAGAUGGUUGUGAGCCACCAUGUGGUUGCUGGGAUUUGAACUCAGGACCUCUGGAAGAGCAGUCAGUGCUCUUAACCACUGAGCCAUCUCUCCAGCCCCCUGGAGGUAUUUUCUUCAUUGAGGUUUCCUACUCUCAGAUGACUUUAACUUGUACCAAGCUGAUAUAAAACUAUCCAGCACAGACACAAAGACCAGACAGAGACUUGCAGUUCUUGCUCACCAUGGUGGUCAGAGGACAACUUGGGCAAGUCAGUUCUUGCCUUCCACCAUGCAAGUUCUGGGAUUCAAACUCAGAUGGUCAGGCCUGGUGGAAAGUGCUUUUAACCACUGCUGGGUGGUUUUUGUUCACCGUCGUGUCGUUUGUUUGAUUUAAUACAGGAAAACAAGAAAAAAAAACCCACAAACACUGAAAACUAUACCCAGGGCAAUUACCAACAUCCUGCUAAAAGACAAUGUCUUCAGGAAAUCAUCAUGGCCCCUGGACUGAUUUUGUUCUACGAGCAUGAAUCUAGCCACAAGCAGCUCCUCUCCUUCCUUCUCCUCCUUUCCUCUCCCGUCCUUUUCUCUCCAUUCUCUGGCCUGAUCUCUUUCCUCCUGGACAAAAUAUCUAUUUUGUUUACAGUUUUGGAUGUUUUACUCACUCAUGUCAUGGAGGGUGUCGUAUGGGAAAGCACAGGAAAUAGUGGAGCAGUAACAGGAAGCAGCCAAGGCAAGAUUUAGUCUCCAGAUACAUCUUCCAGUGGCCUACUUCCUCCAACUAAGUCCUAGCUUCCACAGCUUUACAACCUCCCAUUGGAUUAGUCUAUUCAAACUUUAAAUCCACAAAUGAAUUAAACUAUUCAUGAGGUUGGAAACUUUAUGACAUAAUUGUUUCUAGGAGUACCUACACACACACACACACACACACACACACACACACAGAGAGAGAGAGAGAGAGAGAGAGAGAGAGAGAGAGAUGCUUUACCAAUCUCUCAAGUUCAUCAAGUUGAUUGUUCAGACAGGGUCUCAUAGUCUAAGCUAGCCUGAGACUGAUUACGUAGCCCAGGAUGAUCCUUACUUAAAGUUUGCUAUUUUCUUGUCUUAGCCCUUUAAGUGCUGGGAUUAGAAUUGUGUAUGACUAUGUCUGGCUCCCUAUUCAGAUCUCUCUCUAUAUAAUGUGAACCCAAACUCUGGCAGGGAAUCAAUGACACACAUCUAAUGGUUUCCUAGUUAAGAUAGAGUCUCAAGUAGCCCAGGCUAGCCUUGAACUCACUCACUAUGUGGCUGAGAACUUUGAUCCCCCCUUCAUCCAUCUUUCAAGUGCUAGGAUGACAGGCAUGUACUACCACACAUGAGAGAUGUUCUCUUUAGUAGUUGAUAAUUUUUUCUACAUUCUUUAAAUCAAGUUUUCACCUAGCGUAGAGGUGCUGAAACUGAAGAGGCGAGGCGACAAACCCAGUGCUAUGCGGACGAGUGUAGUUAACUAAAGAUUUAUAGACAGAAGCAUUUCUUAGACAUCAGCGAAGCACGGGAAGAAGGAUGCUGAGCUAGAUAAAGGUGGAGUGCAGUGGGCUAGAAUGUGCCUGGGCUUUCUCAAGAGGUUCUUAGCACAUCAAACAUCAGCUGGAAACAGCCUAGUGGCCAGCAUAAAAUGUUGAACCAACCUUUGUAAGGGUUUCAUUUGUCCUAUAGUGUUUGACUGUGUGCUGGGGCUACCUGCUGGCCAACAUGGUGUUUCCACCUCAAGAAUUAAGGACCAGAAGCCAGUAUACACUCAAUCACUGAGUCGAGGGGGUCUUGAAUUCAAGGUCAGCAUGGCUCCAUAGUGAGUUCCUAGGAAGAGCUGUCUCUAAGAAAGUAAGUAAAUAAUAAAUAAAUAAAUUAUUUAUUUAUUUAAAGUUGAAGAACCUAAAUCAGCUAAUUAUGGUUGCUCAGUUUUGUAAAUAAGGUAAUUUGAAGUCAGGGUGAGAAACAGUUCAUUAUUGACGGAAAGCGUGGUUUUUGUUUGUUUGUUUGUUCUUUUACCUCACUACAGGCCUGUUACAUAUGGAUUGCUUCAAUCCUUCUUCUUCUUCUUUUUUUUUUUUUUUUGGUUUUUCGAGACAGGGUUUCUCUGUAUAGCCCUGGCUGUCCUGGAACUCACUUUGUAGACCAGGCUGGCCUUGAACUCAGAAAUCUGCCUGCCUCUGCCUCCCAAGUGCUGGGAUUAAAGGCGAGCGCCACCACCACCCAGCAACCUAGUACCUUCUAUACUUUCCUAUCACCCUCCCCAACUAUGUUUGUGCUUUGGCUGCCUGAGACCUGGGUUAAGUGUUAUAAUUCCAAUGGAACUUAUUAAAAACAAAUCCAAACAAACAAAAGAAAGGAUUACAGAGAGAGACUGAAGUGAAUUUGGUAUGUGAAACACUAAUACGACUUGACCGUGAUGUGAUACCUGUGAAGUGUCUGUAUCUUUUUUUUUUUAAUCAUUAUUUUUAUUGUCCUGAGUCUGUAUGAGUGAAUGCCACAUAUGGGAUGGUACCAAACGAAGAGUGUGGGGUUCCCUGGUUACAGGUCUCUCUGUGCUAGGUGUCCUGGAAUCCUCUCUAACUACUGAGCUAUCCUGUAACUAUAGUCUAAGUCUCCUGUGCUUUCUUGGAUUUUACUUUAGCUAAGAUGUUGCUCCACGGCCCACUUUACUUGUCUGCGAAGUGUUCCAGUUUUUCUUUAGUCUUACCUUAUUUUAUUUGUGUGUGUGUGUGUGUGUGUGUGUGUGUGUGUGUGUGUGUGUGUGUGUGUGUGUGUGUGUGUGUGUGUGUUUUACUGUGUAGCCCAGGCAGGCGUGGAACUCACUUUCAGCUGCCUAGUACAAGGAAUUACGGAAAUUGAGUCACCCGUCCCUCCCACCACCCCCUACCCCCAUCCCCCACUCCCAUUCCCCACCCCAGGAGUAAAUACUUAUCUUAGGAAAUGGAAUUUCCUAGCGCAGCUGAGACCAGUGAAGACCAACAGUAGGCGGGACGAGAAGGCGUGGCAUUCAGGCAUUGGGCUUCUUCAGAUCUAAAUUUCUGACCUUGGCAGACAGCCACUUGAGAUGUGUUACCUGCGGACGGAGCAGAACGGAAGCAGAGGGACAAAGUAGCGGAUUCCUGACUUCUGGCAAGGGCCCCUUCCUGGGUUUCACGCCGCUGCGUUCUGGUCGAGGCUGGAACGCGCGCCCAGCCCUUUGUGUGGCUGUGGUCCGAGGCUACGGCUCAGAAGCCGAGCGCUGGGAACGGCAGGACUGCCGAGCCUCAAGUAGGGCUGUCGAGCGCGGGCUCCUGCACCAGGAAAGAACAAUCAGAGAUUUCUAGAAGUGGGCACCAACAAAUUGUGGCUAGAAGCAGUCUGGAAUAGAAGUCAAACGCCUAGGACCAGCCUGGCAUUACCAAACAAUGGCAGCUAGGAAACAGCCAUCCAGGACACCAGUCAGUUAUGAGGACGUGGCAGUGUCUUUCACCCAGGAAGAAUGGGAAUAUCUUACUUCUACACAGAAGACCCUUUACCAGAAAGUGAUGUCAGAAACCUUCAAGAACCUGACAUUUGUCGGAAGCAAGAAGAAACCUCAAGAACCUAGCUCAGAUCUGCAAGAUAAGAACGAGGAGCAGGAGAAGUCCUCCAGUUGCACAGGGGUAUUCAAAGGUGGACCAUUCUUUUUCUGUCUGACCUGUGGCAAAUGUUUCAAAAAGAACACCUUCCUCUUUAAUCACCAGUUUCCUGUGAGGUCCCGGAGGCUGGCAGUCACAAAUCCACAAAGCCGCAAAGGCAAGGGCUACAAGGCUCAGCAUCGUGGAGAGAGGCCUUUCUUUUGUAAUUUCUGUGGCAAGACUUACCGUGAUGCUUCUGGACUGAGCCGUCACCGACGUGCUCAUUUAGGUUAUAGGCCCCGUUCAUGCCCUGAGUGUGGAAAGUGUUUCCGGGAUCAGUCUGAGGUCAACCGUCACCUGAAGGUACACCAAAACAAGCCAGCAGCUAGCAACCAGGCUGGCAACCAGGCUAGCAACCAGAGGCUGAAGAGUAGGGUUCCACCUACAACACCUAGAUCCCAAGCGCCCGCCCUCAAGUAUGUGAAAGUGAUCCAGGGACCAGUGGCCAGGGCUAAGGCACGGAACAGCGGAGCCUCGACCCUGAAUGUCAGAUCCAACUCUAUUACAGUGGUCCGUUCAAGAGAAAAGAUCUCUUGUCCCUAUUGUCACAUAACGUUUACCAUGAGAACCUGUCUCUUAACCCACCUCAAGAUCCACUUCAGACGUCAACCCAACCAGCACUUCUGCUGCAAAGAGUCGGCCCACUCAUCCAACACACUCAGAAUGCAAAAGAUCUACACUUGCCCCGUCUGUGACAGCUCCUUUAGGGGAAAGGAGAGCCUGCUGGAUCACUUGUGCUGCCAAAGACCAAUCAGAUUCAGUAAAUGCUGGGAAAUCCUGGGUCAUUUGCUCGGCUAUCUUCAUGAACCCGUGGUGCUGGGAAAUAUUUUUAAAGUAAGGGACUCCUCGGGAAAGAGGAUGGAAUCCAGGAGGAGAAGACGGAAACGUGCCUGCACUGAGAAUCCUGAAACAGAAGGCCUGUCUGGGAAAGGUAGGGUGGCUCCGUGGGAAAUGGAGGGUGCCACCAGCCCUGAGAGUCCUGUGACAGAAGAAGAUUCGGACUGAUUUCUGACUUCACACCUACCCAUGCACGACACCCCCCACCCCCACCCCUUACCCCCACCCCACAAAAUAAAUACAAUUUUUAAAACUAAAAGAAGGGGAGGGGAGGUCAAACUGAGGUCUUUGUAUUUGUUUUUUUCCUGAAGACUUGACCUCUGCCAUCAGGAGGCUUGAACAGGAGAGAAGUGGAUGAUGAAGGAAAGAGACAAGGAAAGAAAAAGAAGUAUGCACAGAGAAACUUGUAUUAUUAAUUAGCACCUAGCUUGUUUGUGUCUGGUAGACCACCAAGUAGUAAUUUUUGGGGGAAAAAAACCACAUUGGUUCUCAGAGAAAUAAGGUAGGAGAAAAUGAGAGGCAGGGGUAUGAAGGGCACGAAGGUGUGGAACAUAGGGGAGCAGACCCAGUUCUCAGCCCUUGCUUCUCAAGGUCCUCCCACCAGGCUGCCAAAGCAAGAUGGUAUUUCUCUGGUCGGUAUUCUUUUGAAUUUUAGCUCCAGGUUUUGGUUCAGGUGCUCAUAUUCAUACCCUGGCUCACUUAGCUUUCCCCGAUAUUGUGGGCUCUUCUGUUCCUGACCCCCCCCCCCCCACAUUGAUAUUCUUCCCAGUCAAGGCUGUGGUCUUGGAAGAAAUAUCCACCAUUUGCAGAGUUGAUGUUCUAUAGUUCACAAUGAUGAAGUGCUGCGUAUCCUGGUUGGCAGAAUCACUCCUGUAUUACUCUGGUGCAUAGGUGUCUCCUGAUAGACUGCCUGGCCUUCACCACAGGGUGUUUUCUAUAGUCAGACUAACAUGGUAAAAAAGAUGUGGAAGUCAAAAAUUAGAGGAAGGAGCUGAGGAAAGACAGUUGAGGGAGGGAAAUCAAGUUCUACUCGGUAUCCAGAAUGUGUCUGUAGAUGUAGAUUGGAAUCUGUCCACAGCAAAGAGGCCAAUGGGAAAUCCCCAAGGACCUGCUGGGCUCUCCUUCCGCUCCAGGAAGACACAACCAUCACUCAAAAGGGGUUUCCUGGAAAGACAGACAAGUGACUUUAAAAACCUCUGCCAGUAGGUUCUUUUUAUGAAGUCCUUGAACCUAGGAGAUAGAAAGUUCCUAGGGGUCAUGUGAUCUCUCCCCCAACCGCCUGGUUGGUCUUGGAGGGAGGUGAGGUUCGGGAUAACUAUUAUGGAGAAUGUUAAAGGGGGCUGCAGAAGUGGAAUUCUGGCUCAGGGGCACUAAAGGCUAUUAAGUCAACAGGUAAGAGUGGCUCAGCAGCCUCUCUGGCACUGAAAAUGUGUCUCGUUAAUUCCCUCCCCUUUUCCCCUCACAAGAGGAGUCAUUCCAGCCUUCCCUGGGAUAAUGGUCCCUCAGUAACCAUGUUCCCUUUGCUGGGUUUUUGUUCGAUUUAGAAGGAGGGAAAUGGUUGGGUACAAUGGUAUGUGCUUAAGACGGUAACACUUGGAGGCAAGAAGAGGGUUGCCAUAGUUUCUAGACCAGUUUGGUUUACAUAGUAAGUUCUAAGGCUGCAUAAUGAGAUGUCUCAAGAUUGGAGAGGGGUGUUAGGGAGAACUUACUUAGCUCUUCAAGAAACUGUCCUGUAAACAAAAAGAAAUGAGUCAAUGGGUGGUCAGUGGGAGUCCCCCCUCACCUCCCCAGACAACCCUCCCUCCCCAUUAAGAGGCCUAUACAUCUCAUUAAGUGGUUCUCCGUUUUCCUAUGGAUUCUGAUGGUGAGAGUAAAGAUUCCCAUCCCUGGAAUCUAGAACCUUGGUUCCACUCUUUUCCCAUACUGGUCUGCCUGAGUUCCCUGAUGCAUAGCAGUCCUGUUUUGCUGCCCAGACACCGAACCUGCCAGUCUUCGGUGCAGCCAGUUGUAGCAGAUGAUCAAGGCAACCAGGGGUCCAAGAACAGGCACAAUAACAAACAGUGUUAUCUUCCAGCAGGGCACCCUCAGGAAGUGAGGAUCUGAGGUAAAGCAGAGCAGAGUGUCUCCCUCUGUGCCACGCCCAUUCUUAACCUGAAGCCCCGAAAUGACAAAGGACUCUGGGGACAGGCUGUAGAGUCCGUGAACAUGGCUGGGGUGCACUGUCCCUUUAUUUUCAUUAACUUCUGAUUGAAUUUAGCUUUUUAACUGAUUUAUCAUAGAAAACAGGUUGUGUGACUUUUCAUGCAUUGUUUAUGUUCAGCCAUGCAUUGACCCUCCCUCACCCCAAUCUCUAGCAUUUUUAUUUGUUUGAAGAGAGGUUCUUGCCCUGUAUCCCUGGCUGGCCUUGAAUUUGAGAAAUCCUGUCUCAGCCUUACAGGUGUUGUGGUUACAAGUCAUCAAACCCUGCUUUCCCUAAGGUUUUCUUUUUCUGUGUGGCAGAGGUUUAUUUGGAGGUGGGGGUGGAGACAAAGGGACAAAGAGAAAAGGAAAAAACAGGGCACGGUUUUCUUAUACUAACAGACUAGGGAUGCAGUCUCAAAAAGAAAGAAACCAGCAAAAACAAAAAGUCAAAAACUGGUAUUAGGACUGACUGUAUGAUUUUAAGAUACAAACAUGGUUAAGAACUUAGACAUUCAAAUCUUUUUUUUUUUUUUUUUUUUUUGGAGGCAGGGUUUCUCUGUAUAGCCCUGGCUGUCCUGGAACUCACUAUGUAGACCAGGCUGGCCUCGAACUCAGAAAUCCGCCUGCCUCUGCCUUCCAAGUGCUGGGAUUAAAGGUGUGUGCCACCACUGCCCGGCUAGACAUUCAAACCUUAUAAGUAAAAUCCUGGGGGUUGGGAAGGUAGCUCAGUUUGUAGAGCUCUGAGUUCCACCCCCAGCACAGCAUGCACUAGGCUUGGUGGCUCACACUUAUAAUCCCAGAAUAUAGGAGGUGUAGGCAGGGGGAUGAUCAAAAUUCAAGGUAAUCUUUGGCUACAUAGUGAGUUUGAGUCCUUCCUGAAAUACAUGAGACAGACAUUUCAAAACAAAAUGGAAAUGGGAACGGUGAGAUGGUUUAGCUGAUAAAGGCACUUGCUGCUAAACCUGAAGACCUGAGUUUGACCCCAGACCCACAUGAUAGGAGAGAACCAACUCCUUUAUAUUGUCCUCUGACCUCUGUGUGAGCACUUGCCCACACUCACCCACUCACACCCUCCACACACACAAUAAAAUACAUUCAAAGACUACAUGUGUGAUGUCCAUAUAUUGGCCCAAUGUCAAGUGCUAGGGUGUAGCCAAGUACCAGGAGAGCUGAACAGGGUUGCAUCUGGCUUCAGAAGGAAAGGCUGUUUAUGUUUAGGAAGAUUGAUUAGAGCAGGAUUCUGCUAUGCUCUGCUUAAUGUUAUUUUUUUAGUUGUGUGGAAUCUAUUCAACAAACGUUUGGGUAUUCUUCUGUUGCUGGUGUUGUCCUUAGGAACUCUGCAAUCUGAAGUGAAGAAAAUGCGAAGAUGAUUCUUGAGGACUUAAUAUUCUAGUUGGGGCAUGCAUGGUUGAGUAUACAUUUACCAGAAUCUUGGGAGUUGAAGGUAGAAGGAGAAGAAGUCCAAGGCCAACCUUCAUGACAUAGUGAGUUUGAAGGCCAGCAUAGCCAUAUGAAACCCUGACUCAAAAAGUUACUAGUGAGGUUUCAUUUUCUCCUCAAAGAAGACUUCCCUGUUGAAUCAUGUGCUUGGACUACAUUCCUGAAAACUAACUCUGCCAUAUAAGUAUAGCAGAUGACUUUUUUUAAAUGUAAUUUUCUGGAUAUGGUGGCACAUGUCUUUAAUCCCAACACUGGGGAAGGAGAGUGUGUGGAGCUCUGUAAGUUCAAAGCCAACCUGUUGUUCAUAGUGAAUUCCAGGUUAGCCAGGGCUACACAGUGAGACCAUAACUUAAAAUUUUUUUUCUUACAUAUGUAUUCCUUGUGCAUAUAGCUGUUUGCUGUGGGGUCAGGAAAUGGAACUUUAGGUCCUCUAGGGGAGCAGCAGGUGCUCUUAACGAUUUUUCCCACCAGCAAGCAAUUUUAUGUGCAAAGGAUCUCUUUAACCACUUUUUAUAAUUCAGAAGAUGAAUAUAUAUACAUAUAUAUACACAUAAGUACAUAUAUGCAUGUAUACAUAUAAAGUUUACAAUUGGUAAAAUUCAGUGUAGGGCCUGACACUGGAAUAUGGUACAUUAAUGAUUGCUACAUUCCUAUAGAUCUUGAAUGUGAAGAAAAAAGGUGGAGGGGCCUUACAAAAAGCCACUGGUUCUAGUCCCCCAGGCCACUAGUGAAGUCCCACGGUGACUUGGGAGGGUUGGGAUAUGCCUGAACUUACCAAAAGUCCGAUGGAGAUUCUCUGAAAAGGACAAAUAAGAAUAGACUUAGUAAGGAACUGAAAGGGAGUCCCUUCCUUGGAUCUAUCUAAAUCCCUCAAGGUUGGUUCUAGCCCUGAUGCAAAGUAAACCGUGCUAUAAGAGCUCGGGUGAAAAAAAAAUCUAAUUUUUAGCUGUCUAUAGUCUUAAAUAUAAAGUUCCCAAUUGAAGGGAGCAUGGAGCAUUGGGGGAAAGGCAGAAAUGGUCUGAAGAGAGGGAUAUUUUGGUUAAGUUAUAAAGACCAGAAGAGGAAUUGGGGAGGGAGGGUGUCUGGAACUCACCUACUUCUGCACGAAGUUUUCCUAAAAUAGAAAAAAGCAGGUAUUUUAGUUCCUGAUCUAACAGUAUGAGGACCCUUCCAUACCACCCAGCACCUUGGACCUUUGUGUGGAGAAUUCUUUGAUGGCCCGGGAGCAUCUUAGAAUAGGAAGAGCUCUAGAUUUGAAACCAAGAGUCCAGUCUCUUUCUGUGAAUAUUGUCUGAUUAAAUAAUGAAAUAAAGAGCAUGAGAGCCUGGAA